AUGAAACCCCGACUUUCUUUACUGGCUAUGACUAUUUUUGGCAAUUCACCUCUUUUCUUUUUCCUAUUCCUCGUUUUGACCAUGACUUCCAUUAGUCUGAGCUUUCUUGCUCAAGCCGACCAAAGUCGAUAUGAAUCCUUAUUCAACCAAGCGUCUGGAAAUUUGACUUAUUUAUCUGCAGUGGAUGCUAGAAACGUACUCUCUCGGUCAAAUUUAGGCGACGAUGUAUUAGCAAAGAUUUGGGAUCUUUCCAAUGUCACACAAUCUCCUCGACUUACAUUCCCAGAAUUUGCUCUAGCUAUGUAUCUAACGUCUAUAAAAAUGACUGGAAGGGAAAUCCCAAAUGCACUUCCUGACAAUAUUCGAGGAGAGAUCGAAACAGCCGUUGCCAUGAUCCAAUCUACCGAUCCACGCAACCAGGCAUCAUCAAUUGUCCCUACAGUACAGCAAUCUUUACCUACAGGUUUAAACUCUGGAAUCGGACCACAGCGCUCUUUAUCCACAUCCAUGCUCAACUAUAUGCCAACAGGACAACCUUCACUCCAAGCACAAAUUACAGGAUUCCAGUCAAUGCAACCGACAGGAAUACAAGGAUACAAUCUUGAUUUCACUAAUGGAAUGAUGCCCCAGGCUACAGGAGCAUAUCCAAUGCAAAAACGAUCUUUUGCAAGUCUGCCUGGAAAAGUCAAAAUUCCUUGGGCAGUCAGUAAAGAAGAAAAAGAGAGAUAUACCAAGAUAUUCAAAGCAUGGGACAAAGAAAGAAAAGGAUAUUUGACAGGCGAGGUUGCAAAAGAGAUCUUUACACAAUCCGGUCUUCCCCAGAACGUAUUGAUGCAAAUCUGGAAUCUAUCUGAUCUAAACAACCAAGGAAAACUCAAUGUAGAUGAAUUUUCGGUUGGAAUGCACCUUAUAUAUCGAAAGAUAAAUGGUUAUGAUGUUCCUAUAAGCCUUCCUGCAGAAUUAAUUCCACCUUCUACACGAGAAUUGAACGACAGUGUUAGCGAACUGAAGAAAUCAAUUCUCCAAGGCAUCGCACAAAAAAAAGGAAUAUCAAACUUUAGUUCUUCCCCCUCCCUUCUCUCCCCUCACACUCAACCAUCGCGUACACGAUCUGUUAGUCCGGCGCGCAACAAAGAACGCUCACAGGAACCAGACGAAGUGGGGUAUGUUUCAAGUGCACGGCGUAUGGGCCCUGAUAGAGGUCGAUGGGGACAAGCGAGAGACAAAUCGCCUGGUCCAGCUGCGACACGUUCAGUGACAUCUAGCUAUGAGUACCGUGGAAAAACAACACGAAUGAUGGAUUUGCGCAAAAACAUUGCUGAAGAAAAGAAGAGAAUUGAAAAUUUUGAGCAUGAUGCUAUCCAUGUCAAGCCAAAGUCAUUAAGCAAGCUAUCUUAUCUUGACCGCAAAGAUAUUGACGAUCUUAAAGAAAGGAUCCGAGAACUUCAGACUGAGAUAAUGAAAUCUGAAGGUGAUAGUGCUGGCCAUAUAUGGGACUCUUAUAUUGAGAAAACGGCCGAAUUGAGCCAUGUAGCAGAUCAAGAAAAGGCUUUGGAGCAGGAGAUAUAUUAUUUGCUCGAAGAUACUCUUAGGGGACUUGUACGACAAGUCAAAGAAACUGAAGAGGACUUGAAAAAUAAAAAGGUCCAGCUAGUUAAAAUGAAUGCCGAGAAGACUUCUAAAUCCGGGUCACCUUCCCUUGAGAUCAUAGGCACAGGCCCAGGUGGUGCUGUCACAGAAAGUGAUCGUAUUCGGGCUAAAGCCAAGGCAAUGGUGGCAGCUCGUAUGGGAAAGAUUACGGGCAAGAUUAGUACUGUCGAUAUCAGAGCAGAAACCAAGAAGAUUGAAGAUGAAUGUGAAGAGUUUAAAGAGUAUGCUGAGUCCGUAUCUGAUGGUCUCAAAGAAAUCGAAAAUUCUGUACGGUCGAUUCAUAUGGAAAUUAGUAUGAUUGGAUUGGAUAGUGGCAAACAGGCUCAAGACCAGAAGAAGAUUGAAGAAAGAAACCGAUUUGAGCACGGAGUUCGAGUAGCCGACGAUCUAAAAGCAUUUAUACAGCAGCUUUCGUUCGAAACUGCAACUGCGAAAGCACCAGAAGUAGAUCCUUCGUUUGAACGUCGGUUUCCAGAGUUCUAACUCGUAUUUUUUUUUACAUAUAUAAUACUGGGUGGAAAUAAUAGGAUAAAAUUCCCUUGUU